CGCGGUGUUCACAAGUGGGAAGUUUGCCCCUUUGCCUGGCACAUACUUGGCAGACGCCAUAGGCUCAGUUCGGCGGACGCGGUGGCCAUGGUGCCUGGGCUUGCCUGCUAGCAGGCUGCCAUGUCUCGAGAGGCAGGUUCAUGCCGAGUGGGCACUGGGACAAGGGCACGGUCACGGAAGCCCAAGAAGCCACACUACAUCCCGAGGCCCUGGGGCAAGCCCUACAACUAUAAGUGCUUCCAGUGCCCCUUCACCUGCCUGGAGAAGUCACAUCUUUACAACCACAUGAAGUACAGCCUUUGCAAAGACUCCCUCUCUCUACUCUUAGACUCCCCUGACUGGGCGUGCCGCCGUGCACCCCCCUCGCCCAGGCCUCGGGUGCCCACCCCCAACUGCUCCACAGACUUCUCAGACCCUAGUAGCAAGCCAACUGAGCCAGAUCUCAUUGUCACCGAUAGCUUUUCCCAGCGUCGUUGUGGCAGGGGCCCCAAACCUGGACCAGAGGAGUCCUCAGGGUCACUGCCCUCUCUGGCUAGACCCAUCCGGAAGGGUCCAGGCACCAGUGGCCUUUUGGCAGAGUCAUGGAAGCCAGGACUGAGUGGUGGUAUGCUGACUGGGGCUCUAGGGACUAUAGCUUCAACAACAGGCUCUGAGAGUAGUGUCCCCUGCUACCCACCACCUGCCCACGGUGAGUUCCCUGAAGCCCAGAGCCUCCAUUUAUCAUUGCUGGGUGUCAACUACCCUCUUGGCCCAGGCCUCUUCUCCUAUCUGGGGCCCUCACUGGCUGCUGCUGCAGCCCACAUGCCCUUCCUGGCCUCGGCAAGCCCCUUGCUACCCCCCACAGCCUUCCCAACCCCACAGACACCUGAGCGUCCAGGCCUGGCCCCCCGCCUGUACUACCCGCUACUACUAGAACACAACCUAGGACAGUCAGCAGGCAGGGCUGCCCCUGCCAAGUCCUCUGUGCCCCUCAAGGAACCUCCUGGAGCUCUGGCUACUCCUGGGCUGCUCAAGGUGCCUGUGCCAGGGCCCGGGGGACCCUGGCCCCAUGGCACUUCCAGAGACGCAGGGCACGAAGGAGAGCUAGGACGAGUGACUCAGAGUAACCCGCAGAAAAGGCUGCCCACGAGCAAGAUGCCUGAGCUCCCAAAGGCCCCCUUGAACCUGGCAAAACUUGGCUGUCAGAGCAGCCUGCCAACAGGCUCCUCCCUCAUACUCUGGCCUGAGGACAAGGAACCAGUUGACCCUGAGGCCUCAGGUCCUGAGGUCCAUCUUCUGCAGCAGCCACAGGGCCAAGUGCUAGGAAGUUCAGUCCCAAUGGGAGAGGACCUGACCCAGGCCUUUGGUGACUACGCCAGGGUGGAGCAGUGUUUGGGGCAGCUGGCACCGGCUGGGGGUCUGGCACCCAGACCUCUACGGGAGCAGCUUGGAAAGAUUCGCCGAGAGCUGCUCACCAUCCAUCAGGCGCUGGCCCGGGCAGCUCGUCCACUGGACACACCCUUGGACCUCUCAGUGAAGCGGGUGCCUACCAAGGGAACUGAGGCACCAGCAGAGUCCUGGGGGCUGCAUGAUCCAGGCCCCAUGUUGGCAAGGGGGACCUCAGAGCCCUCUAGCAUGUUGGGCCCUGUACUUGAGCCUUUCUCGAGUCGCACCACCAAGUGUGAGGCUGACUCCAGUGUCCCUCCUCCAGUCCUCCCCCUCCAGGCCCCCGAGGACCCUGUAAUUCCUGGUAGUGGCUGGGGUAAUCGACUUGGAGCUGGCAGCUCCCAGACCCCUAAAGAUGCCCCAAGCUUGCAGAUCCUCCCGAGUGCUGACGUCUGUUCACAGCCACCAUAGAAUAUGGUUCCUCUUCCUGACCUGGGCCGCAUUGUCUGGGCCUGUCCAGUGUCGGCGUGCAUGUGUUCUGAACAGAUACCCCACCCCCACCCCAGACUCCCCCACCAGCCCGUGGUAAAGACUUAUCUAUGCGGUCUCAUGGACUAGAAAGGUCAUGAUUUAUUUAUUGAACAGUUGUGGACAUUAAAAUAGAAAGCACCUUCAAACACC